AAUUCUUUAUAUAUUCACUUUGGGACGUCAUGAGCCACGGCACGUUUAGUAUUCAUAACGGUCAGCGAAGUGAAUGAAUAUCAUAACAUUCAGGCAGGCGCUUCCUCCUUGUUUCGAAAAAUCGAAACCUCCAAUCAAUCAACCACAUAACCCAUAUGAACACUAUGCCGUCAGAUCAAUUCACUUCUUCCAUGAGCCUUCCGCCACCUCUGGACGCGGCGAGUGAAGCUGAAUCUGUACAGAACGCCUGGGACGCAAAUUGCGCACUUGCCGGUCCCAAGAUAAGUCUGUCUUCUGUUUCAGAGGCAGUUCUGCCCCCAACGAAUGAAUCUCCUCCUCAGCCAGAUACUCUCCAGUCCAAGCCCACUGACCUAAAUGACGAUGGCUUUGGCGACUUUGUAACAGCGUCAACUGAUCCUUUGAAGCGACCCAUCUACGAUACAACGGAGAAUGAGGGCGAAAUGCAGGGGCUGUUGAACUCUUUUUCUGCGCCUGUAUGGGAAGCUGAUACUUACAUCGGUAUGGGCCUUGUCGAGCCUGUCAUCGCUGGGAUAGGUAUGUUCAAACGGACGGUGUUACCGGCAAGAAACCUGGCUACCUGGAAGCUGAACAAAAGCCGAAUGGAGAUGAUUGUGGAAGAACACAAGAAAAGGCGACUGCAGAAGCCAAUGAUCUCUGCGACCCCCACACCUGCCCCAUCUCCUACAAAGAAGGACGCAACAAGGCCCGCCACUAGUUCAAUCGGGACCAAGUUAGACCAGUAUCUCGACACAUACAGGACAGUGAUUUCGGCGUCGGACUUGAACGGGGUGAUGCGACCAGUAAAUUUCACAGAGCCGAUCGAUGCGUUGAUGGAGACGGAGCGUAAGGCCUGGGGACCUUGAGUAUGGAGAUAGUGGCCAGACCACUUCAUAGAUAUAACAACUAGUCAUCUCGGGUAAACAAUGGACCUUAAAUGACUCCAAAUGCCAUCGAAUCGAAGAU